UCCGCUGACCCCCGGCUCGCGUCCUGGGGUCGUCGUCGUAACAUGAGCGUGGUCGUCCCCAGGGUAUCGACGGAGGACGCGGGGUCGUACACCUGCACGGCCCACAACACCGAGGGAACUGCCAGGAGCAAUUGCCAUCCAGCUCUUCGUUCGACACGGGCCGCAGUGCCGCCGCUCCAACCGCGCAGGUGGUGGGCGUCCCCACCACACGCCGUCAACAUCACGUGCGAGGUGACCGCGUUUCCCGCCGCCCACCGCUUCACGGGGCGCUGCGGUCCUCGCGGGGCGUGCUCCCCGUGCCGGCGUCCAUGGUGCGGUCGGAGGGCACGGCGUCCUGGAUGA